GGACCGAACCCAUUUCUCGUCCAUGUUCCUCAACCAAGACCACACGUCGUGAUUUGACAUUCUAUUUUUCCCAUCUGAUCCAAGCACUCAGUAUAUUGGGUUCUACAAAGUCCUUGGCCUCAAGCACUUCGUACACCUGCAUAUACCUUCCACCAUUUCCGCCAAUCAUCCAAAAAUGGACACGAUCCAAGGUCAAAAGGAGGCUGUUGUAACCUUCCGCAAAGGCUUCAAAAGUGCGCCUUGGGUCCCUAUCUCCACGAUGCAAGCUCAGUCAUUCCGUGAGAGGCCACUGAAAGGGCCAGUCCUAGUCAGCAAGAUCGAGAUUCCUCGUCCUGAUCAGGGAGAGGAGGCAUUGCGCACCCAGCUAUGGGAUCUCUACAAGGCAAAGAGCAAAGGAGGGGAGAAGCUUGAUCCUCCAGCACCAUGCGCCAGCUACAAGGGGGAAUGGAUUGGGGUGAUGAAGGAUGGAAAUGCUCCGCUGCCAGAUAUGAGCGAGCACGAAAGGUUCAAGGCAAUCGAGCAAAAUAGCACAAGCGACGUCACCCUGUUCUAUCUGUCGGGAGGUGCCUGGUUUCGCGCCGGUCCACCUGGUGCACGUCCGUUGAUCAAACAACUCUGCGACCGGAGCGGGUCGCGCGUCUUCACCUUCCAGUAUCGUCUGGUUCCGCAGUAUACCCUGCCGACACUCUUGCUCGAUGUCAUCGUUGCUUAUCUUUACCUUCUCUCCCCUCUUCCGGGGUCCUUCCACGAACCCAUAGACCCUGCGAACUUGAUUCUAGUCGGAGAAUCCGGCGGCGCAAGCCUGCAUCUCUUCCUCCUCCAAUUCCUCCAAUUCCUUCUCCGCUCUGGGAACCCAACGAUCCGCCUCAAUAAUCGCGACAUCCGAGUUGCGAUGCCAAAAGGCUGUGCAUUCAUCAGUCCAGGCUGCGACAUCGCUUUAUCCUUACCCUCCGUGAAAAGGUUCGAACCACGCGAGUGGUUAUCCGAGGGCGCGCCUUGGCUCCAACCCAACUUUCCUGUGGAUCGUAUCUGGCCCUCCAAACCACCAAGAGGCGACCUGCACUGCGAUAACUCCGCUCUUUGUCACCCGCUUGUUGAUCCGUCUACCUGGACCGAUUGGACCGGCAUGCCGCCGAUGUGGAUUGCUGCUGGGGAGGAGACGUAUGCCGAUGGCAUCAAAUUCUUGGUGCAGAAUAUUGAAGCAUCGGGGGUUCCGGUGACGUUUGUGCAAUAUGAGCAUAUGCCGCAUGUUUGGAAUGUGGUGAUGCCCUUCUUGCCGCAAAGCAAACAUGUGAUGAGGCUGUGGGGGGAGACUUGCAAGGGAUUUGCGGAGGGUAGGGCAUCGAAUCCGGGCGCUUACUUUGUUAAGCUUGGCAAGCUGGAGAUGGUCCCGAUUGGUAUCCAGGGUCUUCUGGACAUUCCCAAGGAUGAGGUUUUAGAGAGAAUGAACGUGGCUAAGGAUGAGCUGGCGAAGUUCGUGUGGAAUGGACCGGAGACUGGGUGUCCGAAGCUGUGAAAGGUUUCAUCAUACAUGGCCGACAAAAUCAAUGCCAUAUGGGCACCCGAUUCAAUCAAUUCGACUAAAUUUACUAGCCUGAUCAUCCCGCUACCAAAAAUCCAAAACCAAAAAGAAAUGCUCCCACGCGGAUUUGAACCGCGGACCUCAUGAUUACUAGUCAUGCGCUCUACCAACUGAGCCAUAGGAGCUGCUGAUAUAUUUUGUUGAGGCUAGUAUAGUAAACAAGCCUCAAUAACGCUCUGCCGAUCUCCAGGCGCUGAUCAAACC